UUCUUCUUACAAAACUAACUCACCAACUAAUUAAGCACAUCCUUCCAGAGAAAUGGAGGAAGAUUAUCACCAUUUGCCUUCUUUUGAUUCUGAGCAUGAUAUGCAAAGAAUUGAUGGAGUUAAAACUUUCUUCCAUGAAUUCUGUAUUGAAUCCAAGAAGUUAUGGUGUCUUGCUUCUCCAGCAAUUUCAACUUCUAUAUGUCAAUACUCAAUUGCUCAAAUCACUCAACUCUUUGCUGGCCAUCUUGGAGUCUUACAACUUGCUGCUGUAUCUGUAGAAAACUCUGUUAUUGCUGGACUCUGUUAUGGUGCUUUGUUAGGUAUGGGAAGUGCAUUAGAAACACUUUGUGGACAAGCAUAUGGAGCUAAACAAGUAGACAUGCUAGGUGUCUAUUUGCAAAGAUCUUUGAUUAUACUCAACACAGCAGCAUUAGCCUUAAUGUUUCUCUACUUAUUUGCAACUCAAAUUCUACUACUCAUUGGCCAGCCUAUGGACAUAGCAAAAUGGGCUGGUAAAUUUUCUCUUUGGAUGAUUCCUCAAUUAUUUGCCUAUGCAAUGAACUUUCCUAUUCAAAAAUUCCUUCAAGCCCAAAGCAAGAUGAUGGUUAUGACCAUUAUAGCCGCGGUCGCGCUAGCUGGCCAUACCCUAUUGAGCUGGCUGUUUAUGAUGAAAAUGGAUUUGGGGAUAGUGGCUGGAGCUGUAGUGCUAAAUGGCUCAUGGUGGUUCAUGGUACUUGCCCAAUUUGUUUACAUUAUAUGUGGGACAUGUGGUGAAGCUUGGUCUGGAUUUUCUUACAAGGCAUUUGAAAAUCUUUGGGGAUUUGUUAGGUUGUCUCUUGCAUCUGGUGUCAUGAUCUGCUUAGAGUACUGGUACUUCAUGGCUUUGAUUAUCACUGCUGGAUACGUAAAGGACCCAAAAAUUGUUGUUGACGCAGUCUCCAUAUGCACCAGCAUUGUUGGGUGGACGUUCAUGUUGUGCAUUGGCUUUAAUGCAGCAAUAAGUGUAAGGGUGUCAAAUGAACUAGGAGCAGGGCACCCCCGAACAGCAAAAUUUUCAGUCCUAGUGGUAUCAAUUACUUCACUUUUAAUUGGGACAAUACUUACGAUAGCACUUUUUGUUGCUCGAACUCGAUAUCCACCUUUGUUUACGAAAAGUUUUGAAGUUCAGCAAGCCGUGUAUGAACUUACUCCUCUAUUAGGAACUACAAUUAUGCUUAACGGUCUUCAACCUACUCUUUCAGGUGUGGCUAUUGGAGCAGGUUGGCAAACAUAUGUAGCUUACAUUAACAUAGUAUGCUACUAUGUAUUUGGGAUUCCUUUGGGUCUUAUUUUUAACUUUUCCCUCGACAUGGGUGUUAAGGGCAUGUGGACCGGAAUGUUGUUAGGAACAACACUUCAAACCAGUAUUCUUAUUCUCAUGAUUUCCAAAACUAACUGGAAUAAAGAGGCUUCCGUUGCUGAAGAAAGGGUAAAAGAAUGGAGAGGUAGCAAAUGAUUAAGGGCUUGUUUGGACAUGAAUUAAAUUAGGUUGAAAAGAAGUUGAAAUUUUGUUUGGAUAAAUGAUUUGAAUAUUUUAAGU